AGAUUCUAAUUAGACCCUCCCUAGUUUUUCUCUACAGCAAUGUACGCAGGAGAGUAUUUAUCGCUUCUCGGAACCCUUCGGGGUCACGAUGGUUGGGUCACUCAGAUCGCCACAAAUCCCAAGUAUCCCGACAUGGUUUUGUCCGCGUCUCGGGAUAAGACCUUGAUCAUGUGGAAGCUGACGAAGGAUGAUCGGAACUACGGAGUGCCGCAGAAGCGCUUUCGUGGACAUAACCACUUUGUAACUGACGUUGUACUGUCCUGUGAUGGUCACUUUGCUUUGUCUGGUUCCUGGGACAAGGACUUACGUUUAUGGGAUUUGACCAGUGGGAAAACUGCGCGUCGUUUUGAAGGACAUACGAAGGACGUCAUGAGCGUGGCGUUUUCGGCGGACAAUCGUCAAAUCGUAUCGGGUUCUCGGGACAAGACGAUAAAAUUGUGGAACACUUUGGCCCAAUGCAAAUACACCAUCGGUCAGAACGAAGAGUGCCACAAUGGCUGGGUUUCAAGUGUUCGCUUCUCGCCGAGCCAGGCUAAACCCUUGAUCGUUUCUGGCAGCUGGGACAAGACUAUCAAGGUUUGGAACUUGACCAACUGCCGACUCAAGAACACUCAGUGUGGCCAUCAAGGGUAUGUAAACUACGUGGCGGUGUCUCCCGACGGUUCUCUGUGCGCUUCCGGUGGAAAGGACAUGAAGGCCAUGCUGUGGGACCUGAAUGACGACAAACUUUUGUACACGUUGGAUCAUUCUGAAAUUGUGAACGCCUUGUGCUUUUCUCCCAAUCGUUAUUGGCUGUGUGUCGCCGCUGGACCGGUCAUUCGUAUUUGGGACCUCGAAGCCAAAAAAAUUGCUCACGAGCUCAAGUUGGAUGUGAUCUCAGGGUCGAAGAACGUGCCGUCGCCUGAGUGCUUGUCUUUGUCUUGGGCAUCUGAUGGACAAACCCUUUUUGCGGGUUACUCGGACAACCUGAUCAGGAGAAAUAGGACUUCAAAACCUCUCAGUUCGUGUCGCGGAUUCGUCAUCCCGCCGAUAGCCAACAGCAGAAUCCUCUGCGAAACGCCGAAAAGGCACCUGAGAACCAGUUUUUUCGGAACCAUGGCGGCGACUUCCGCUCAACCCGUGUUUUCCCUGGGCCCUCACACACUCACUGUGCGCAUGUCAUUGCACGAGGCGAAUCGUCAGCGACUGGCGCAGAAACUGAGAGAGAACCCGGAAUGUGCCAAGGGAUUAGUGGUGCUACAAGGCGGUGGUACCGAGGACCACUUGAGGUACUCCACGGAUGCCGGGGAAGCCUUCAGGCAGGAGUCGUAUUUCCACUGGGCCUUUGGUGUGUUGGACCCGGAUUGGUACGGGGCUGUUGACGUGGAUACUGGGAAGUCGUACCUCUUCAUGCCCAAAUUGCACGAGAGUUACGCUAUUUGGGACGGAAGAAUCAAGACGCCGGAAGAAUUCAAAAAGCGUUAUGGAGUGGAUGAGGUCUACUACUUGGAGGAUAUGACGAAAGUAUUCAAGUCCUUGGGUGCCUCGAAGUUACUCACGCUCAACGGGUGCAAUUCCGACUCAGGGAACUGGACGAAAGAAGCCGUGUACCAGGGCUGUGGGGGGGAGUUCAAAGUGGACAACCAACUCUUAUUCCCCGUCUUGUCCGAAGUCCGGGUGCGGAAAACCGAGGAAGAGUUGGACGUGUUGCGGUUUGCGGCCCGCGUGUCCGCUGAUGCCCAUGUCGAAGUCAUGAAGCUGGCCCGACCCGGCAUGAUGGAAUACCAAUUGGAGGCCAUUUUCAAACACUUUGUCUUCUUUUUCGGCGGGAUGCGACACGUGGCUUAUACUUGCAUCUGCGGAUCCGGUCCGAACGGAGCUGUUCUUCAUUAUGGCGGGGCUAAUGCACCGAAUGACAAAGCUUCGAUCAAUGUGCUGAUCAGCUUCAUCGAGGGGAAACCGUCGAUGAGCAAGAAAGGGAAGAAGAAGGAGGAAAAGGCGAGCAUUUUGAAGCGUCCCGUGAUUUGCAUAUGCAACGAUGCUUAUGCUCCUUCCUUGAAAGCAUUGAAGCAGCACGCGUUGAUCGUCAAUUUCCCUCCGACCACUUCGCACAGAUUAGCACAAAGGAUGAUGAAGAUUGUCAAAGCACACAAGCUGCGGUCAGACAUGACCACCUUAAUGUUACUCUGUGACAAGGCGGAAAAUGACAUUCGGAGUUGUCUGUCGACGCUGGAAUUCCUUUGCACGCGAAAAAGAGACGCCUAUGUGAGGAUGAGUGACAUUAGACAGGCCGCAGUGGGACAGAAGGACAGUCACAAGAGCUUGUUUUCCAUAUGGCAGGAUAUUUUCCACACGCCUCGACCCAAAAAACAUCUUCCGGGAUCCGAAAAACCAGAUGGAGGUUCUGAAUCCGUUGCAGAUACGAAAAUGGAUACGUCCAUGAAAUCUAGAUUUCAGAAUGUUCUCUGGGCUGUUCAAUCAUUUGGAGACUAUGAGAAGGUGGCUCAAGGCGUGUACGAAAACUUUCUAUCUGUGCCCUUCAAAGAUGGGAACAUGAGAUCGGUUUGUGCGGGAAUGGAUCGGUUGUGUUUCUCGGACAGAAUCGUCAACGUGGUGCAAUCGACGCAGUCCUAUUCGAUGUUACCGUACUUGAACUACACGCUGGUGUUGUUCCAUUUUCUUUUUUCGACUUAUUCUUGGAGCAAGAUCACGUAUCCACAUCUCGGAUUCGAUGCUUUUGUGGCGGGAACAAAGAUCAAGAAUGUGCUUGAAAGCAUUGCCAGCGAUGCCCCUGUUCAUGUGAGAAGAUGGUGGAGCACCGACACACUUGUCUUGGACAUUUUGCCAUGCUUGGCGGACAUCAUUCAGCCAACUUUGCGACCAGUGAAUACGCACUUGUACACGCCGCAAGAGAAAGCAGAACUGAAAAGAGUGGUGGACAUCAUGAUAGAAUUCAACCUGUCUUAUCACCAAGAACGGCAGGUUGAUGGACAGUACGCGUAUCAGCUAGCACCGUAAGUGACCU